UUCAGUUAGGACAGAACACAGAACUGCAAGCAUGUCGUCAUUGGCUUUCUUGAUCCUGUGCGUCCAAGCUUGCUUGGUCAAGAACACAUUCUGCCAGUACAUCGGCGCUGCUAGAUACGACGGUCUACUUCCAGGCGCCAUUGCUCCCUUAGGCGUUGGCUGUGCUGGUCCAGCGUAUGGUCUGGGCGCAGAAUUAAUCGCACCCGGCAUCACUGCUUACCCCGCAUUUGCUGCGUACGGCGGUGAUGGUGUGGGUGACGUCGCUGUCGCUGGUGAAAUGCCAGUCGCUGGUACUACACUCGUCGCCGGACAGGUGCCAAUCCUAGGUGCUGUGCGCUUCGCUGGUGAGCUACCAGCCGCUGGUACUGUCACCAUUACUGGCAACUGCGGCUGUGGAUGUGGAGCACCGGCAUAUUAUUAUUAAAAACAAAAUUUUGUAUAAUGAAGUUAUAGAAUAAAUGUUACAUGUGUUUCAUACUGUUAUUUACCUUAUA